AAAUAAUCAUAGGAAGGAAUUGUGAUUCUCGACGCUAACUAAAUACCACCGAAACAGAAUACAAGGAAAGCAGAGACUUCAGAAACCGACAAUAUAAGCAAAGCCAAUAAGGAGAAAAGGAAAGAAGAAGACAACAAAGUUACUGUCUUUCGGCAGAUUUUGGAAAAAAAUGGAGCGAUAUGAGGAAUUGAAGGAUAUUGGGUCUGGGAAUUUUGGUGUUGCUAAGCUGGUGAGGGAUAAAUGGAGUGGUGAGUUUUAUGCAGUCAAGUAUAUUGAAAGAGGUCCCAAGAUUGAUGAGCAUGUGCAGAGGGAGAUCAUGAACCACAGGUCCUUGAAGCACCCCAACAUUAUAAGAUUCAAGGAGGUGCUGCUGACACCGACUCAUCUAGCCAUAGUGAUGGAAUAUGCUGCUGGAGGAGAACUAUUCGAGAGAAUAUGCAAUGCUGGAAGAUUCAGUGAGGAUGAGGCAAGAUACUUCUUCCAACAACUGAUAUCAGGAGUGAGGUAUUGCCAUGCAAUGCAAAUUUGUCAUAGAGAUCUUAAGUUGGAAAAUACACUGCUAGAUGGAAGCAUAGCGCCUCGUCUCAAAAUAUGUGAUUUUGGCUACUCUAAGUCAUCUGUGUUGCAUUCACAACCCAAAUCUACAGUGGGAACGCCAGCCUAUAUAGCACCAGAAGUCUUGGCUAGGAAAGAAUAUGAUGGGAAGAUUGCAGAUGUUUGGUCUUGUGGGGUUACUCUGUAUGUGAUGCUGGUUGGGGCUUAUCCAUUUGAAGAUCCAGAUGAUCCAAGAAACUUCAGAAAAACACUUCAACGCAUUUUGAGUGUCCAUUACUCAAUCCCAGAUUAUGUUCGAGUUUCCAUCGAGUGUGGACAUCUCUUAUCUCAGAUUUUUGUAGCUAAUCCUGAAAAGAGGAUAACCAUACCGGAAAUUCAGAAACAUCCAUGGUUCUUGAAGAACUUGCCAAUAGAAUUCACGGAAGAUGGGGAUGGCAAUAAUAUGCAGAGUCAUCCCAAAGAUGAAAACGAUCAGAGCAUUGAAGAAAUAUUGUCCAUAAUCCAAGAGGCCAGGAAGCCAGGAGAGGGCCCUAGGCUUGGUGAGCAGUUCAUUGGAGGGAGCAUGGACUUGGAUGAGAUAUCUGAUGCAGACAUAGAUGAUAUAGAGACAAGUGGGGAUUUUGUCUGUGCAUUGUGAGUGUUUUAGCCAAUCUCACUUGAAAAGAUGGAAAGAAAAAGGCUGUUGGAGAUAAGAUAUUCUUUUCAGGGCCAGAUCAGGAAUCAAAUUAUCUUUUAUUCCAAUUUGUGAUGUUGCUUUGGCAUGAAUGCUUUGUGAUGUUGCUUUGGCAUGAAAGCUUUGUGAUGUUGCUUUGGCAUAAAUGCUUUGUGAUCUUUAUUGCCUUCGGUUUUACAGCUUGUAGAACUAUCAAGACUUGUGUUCCUCAUUAUCUUUAAUAUCUGCUAUUUCUUCUCUUAAAAGCUUAAACAGAUAGUCAAGAACAAUAAUAUAGAACAUUCCAAUAC